AUGAGCACCAGUCUCAAUGCUGCAGCUUUGCAGCCUGAACAGUGGACAGUUUCAGCCAACGAAGCCCUCAAGUUAUACGUGACCGAUCCUGACGGAGCCACUAAUUUUCAGGCCAGUUUCACAUAUCCUCUCUUUGGAGAAGCUGAGACGAUUUACGGAUACAAGGAUCUUGUAAUUUUCUUGUGUUUUGACCAUUUCACGUUUUAUCCGUUCUUGAACACAAAGUAUGCUGAUAAACUCAAAGAUCCUGAGAUUGUCGAUGUCAAGGCAGUCGUCCAGAAAUACUUACCUGAGUCUACCAUCUACAAGGAUGAAGCCAAAUGGGCAGAUGCCAUUAAAAAUGAAAAAGAUACAUACCAAAUUCCUGGAGAAUUGGUUGAUUCUUUUGAGCAAGAUGUGGAAGGAAAAUUGGCAACGUUUGACAUCUACAAGAUCAACUUGAAGGACGCUGCAGGCUUGGAGUUGCAUAAAAGAUUGCAGAUCUUGGUGCUACUUUUCAUUGAAGCCGGUUCGUACAUUGAUGCUUCUGAUGAUUUGUGGGAUGUGUAUCUUCUCUACCAAUCUGAAGAUCCAUCCAUUGUUGGAUUCACCACUGUCUACAACUAUUGGAAGUAUGGUGGAUCUGAAAAGUUUGACAAUGACGAACAGUUUGUAAGAUUGAAGAUUUCACAGUUUGUUAUAUUGCCUAUGUACCAGGGACAGGGAUUGGGAGGUCAGUUCUACUCGAAAUUGUUUGACAUAUGGCACAAGGAUGAGAAGGUCGUAGAGAUAGUAGUGGAAGACCCCAACGAGAGCUUUGAUGAUUUGAGAGACAGAUCAGAUUUGGUGAGAUUAAGUAAAUCGCUCAAGUUGACAGAUAUAACUACUAAACUCACGCUGGAGUGGAAGGAAAAGGAGAGACAAAAGUUGAAGUUGGAAAAGAGACAGUUUUCCCGACUCUUGGAGUUGGUUUUGCUUUACCUUUUCAAGAGGAACGCAGGCAGCGACACCAAGAAAGACAUAAGGUUAUUCAUCAAGAAGAGAAUAUACGAAAAGAACAUUGAGGGAUUAAAGACUUUGGAUGACAACAGCAAGAAGGACAAGUUGCAGACAGCCUAUGUUGCACUUGAGGAGGACUACUACCGAAUCUUGGGAGAUAUCCAGUUG